AUGGCCCCAAAACCCCAAAGAGGUGUGAAUUUGAAACCACAAGAAGAUGAGGCAUUGUGCAAAGGGUGGGUUUCUAUCUCUGAAGAUGGGGCUAUGGGCACGAAUCAAUCAAAUGAUUCAUUUUGGUUGUGUGUGUACCAAAAGUUUUUGGAAAAUGAUCUGGGCAUGAGUGGAGCCGGGGUACGAUCAUUGCAAGUUAUUCCUUCUCGGUUCAAAAUCAUCAACCAACAAUGUUCUCUAUGGAAGACAUAUAUGACAAAGGCCAAUGCAAGGCAUGGCUCAAAUCUUGAAGAUGUGGAUAUGAAUGCAAAAAUAAUUUUCUUGACUGAUAAUAAACCUCCGAAUAGGACUUUCAAGUUGUAUUAUGCUUGGAAAAUCUUAAAAGAUUGCCCAAAAUGGAACGACCUAUGUGAAUCUCUCACACAAACAUUCAAAGAUUCUUCUCAUAGUGGCAAUAUAGUCAAUUUGGAGGAAGAUGAAGAUGAUGUGGUCAUGCCCACUCCAAGGCCGUUGGGAAGAGAUAAGCAGAAGGAUGAAAAAAGAAAGGAAAAGGUGUUGAAGGUUAUCUCAACCAAAGUGGAAAGUUCUUGUCUGAAUUGGUUCAACAAGGAAAUGAGGCAAAGGAGGAUAGGAGGCGAAAGUUAG